UGUUCUCUUCUUUUCCUUUCUUUUCUCUCCUCUUCUCUCUCUCCCUCCUACUUUCAUUCUCUCUCUACCUCUUUUCCUCACUCUCUUUUUCUCCACCUUGAAGGCACUGUUACUAGAAAUAGAGAGCUCUGGGGCUUGCCUGAAGCCAUGGGCAGUCACCACUCCAGGAUUCCCCUUUUAGCGCCUCCUCCCCAUCUUAAUCUCAAAGUCCAGCAGCAUAGUGAGCAGUUAGAGCCCGACCUCCAAUCUGCUUCCAUGGGGGCUGGCUUCCUGAGUGGGAAAAAUGACUCUAAUCUGGAGACAUUUGCUGAGACCCUUGUGCCUGGUCACCUCCGCUCCCAGGAUCCUUGAGAUGCAUCCUUUCCUGAGCCUAGGUACUUCCCGGACAUCAGUAACCAAGCUCAGUCUUCAUACAAAGCCCAGAAUGCCUCCAUGUGACUUCAUGCCUGAAAGAUACCAGUCCCUUGGCUACAACCGUGUCCUGGAAAUCCACAAGGAACAUCUUUCUCCUGUGGUGACGGCAUAUUUCCAGAAGCCCCUGCUGCUCCACCAGGGGCACAUGGAGUGGCUCUUUGAUGCUGAAGGAAACAGAUACCUGGAUUUCUUUUCCGGGAUUGUUACUGUCAGUGUUGGCCACUGCCACCCAAAGGUGAAUGCAGUGGCACAAAAGCAGCUCAGCCGCCUGUGGCAUACAAGCACCGUCUUCUUCCACCCUCCAAUGCAUGAAUAUGCAGAGAAGCUUGCCGCACUUCUUCCUGAGCCUCUUAAGGUCAUUUUCUUGGUGAACAGUGGCUCAGAAGCCAAUGAGCUGGCCAUGCUGAUGGCCAGGGCGCACUCAAACAACAUAGACAUCAUUUCUUUCAGAGGAGCCUACCAUGGAUGCAGUCCUUACACACUUGGCUUGACAAACGUAGGGACCUACAAGAUGGAACUCCCUGGUGGGACAGGUUGCCAACCAACAAUGUGUCCAGAUGUUUUUCGUGGCCCUUGGGGAGGAAGCCACUGUCGAGAUUCUCCAGUGCAAACAAUCAGGAAGUGCAGCUGUGCACCAGACUGCUGCCAAGCUAAAGAUCAGUAUAUUGAGCAAUUCAAAGAUACACUGAGCACAUCUGUGGCCAAGUCAAUUGCUGGAUUCUUCGCAGAACCUAUUCAAGGUGUGAAUGGAGUUGUCCAGUACCCAAAGGGGUUUCUAAAGGAAGCCUUUGAGCUGGUGCGAGCAAGGGGAGGCGUGUGCAUUGCAGAUGAAGUGCAGACAGGAUUUGGAAGGUUGGGCUCUCACUUCUGGGGCUUCCAAACCCACGACGUCCUGCCUGACAUUGUCACCAUGGCUAAAGGGAUUGGGAAUGGCUUUCCCAUGGCAGCAGUCAUAACCACUCCAGAGAUUGCCAAAUCUUUGGCGAAACGCCUGCAGCACUUCAACACCUUUGGAGGGAACCCCAUGGCCUGUGCCAUUGGAUCUGCUGUGCUUGAGGUGAUUAAAGAAGAAAAUCUACAGGAAAACAGUCAAGAAGUUGGGACCUACAUGUUACUAAAGUUUGCUAAGCUGCGGGAUGAAUUUGAAAUUGUUGGAGAUGUCCGAGGCAAAGGCCUCAUGAUAGGCAUAGAAAUGGUGCAGGAUAAGAUAAGCUGUCGGCCUCUUCCCCGUGAAGAAGUGAAUCAGAUCCAUGAGGACUGCAAGCACAUGGGACUCCUCGUUGGCAGAGGCAGCAUUUUUUCUCAGACAUUUCGCAUUGCGCCCUCAAUGUGCAUCACUAAACCAGAAGUUGAUUUUGCAGUAGAAGUAUUUCGUUCUGCCUUAACCCAACACAUGGAAAGAAGAGCUAAGUAACAUUGUCAGAAAUAAAGAAAACCACAGGUCUCAAGAAUUUGCCACUUAUGUUCAAGGGUGAAUUUGAAGAAUUUCAGAACCACUGAUAUCCAGAGAAAACCUGCAGCUCUCCACAGGAGUUGUAAAAGACAUGGUUGACUGCCUACCAACCAUAUUUGUUAGCAGAGCCCCUAUUAUCUUCAGAACUCCAUUCUUCAGGGAAAAGAUCUCCCUAGCUCAGAGAAUAAAUCCUAAUUAGUUUAUGUUAGGUACGGUAAUUUGAUUCCCCUUUGCAGUGAUUGGUUUAUGCAUGUAUUUUUGUCCAGUGAAUCUUGAAGAAAAAUCUUUUGGUGGAGGUGCCUUCAGGGAAAGGUUUCUUCACCGUCACUCUUCAGUUCAAGAAGAGAUGUCUUCUUGUUGCGCUGAGAACACCAUAUGUUCAUGACGAGAUUCCUGGCACCAUGUCAGCCGGCUUGUAGUCAUGAGGACAACCCUUUUUGGUGAGGUUGGGAGAUGGAUGGAAGCCAAGUGCUUAGUGAUAUCAAAGAAGCACUCACUUAAGCAUUCCUGGAGCCACCCUACCUCAGGGCUUCUUGAUAUUUGAGGUAAUAAAUGCAUUGUUCUGUAUAAGGCUUUUUUAUUUUUCACUGUUACGGUCAAAAGCA